AUGUUGACGCAGUCCUCUAUGCUUAAUGAAGAAAAAAUAGGGAUACAUGGAGAUGCUACAUCAAAGAAGAACCCGAACGGAGGAGAAAGAAAUUACAGAAGGAAGGUUGGUCAACAGAGCAGAGGCUGGCAGACCAACGGCCCAGAACACACCAGCUACCUCUCGCCCUUCGUCACCACCCUCAACUCCUUCGGCCUCCUCGUCAAGCAAGGGCUGGUGACCAUGCCCUCGCGCCCUAGCAACAAGAUCUUCAUCCUGUUUCUGCUGUUCUACGUCUUCAUCAUCACGACUGUCUACGGCUCCAAUCUGACGGCCUUUUUGACGAUCACGAGGCAGCCCCCGGGGGUCGAGACCUUCAAGGAGCUGUACGAGUCGAAGUUGGAUCUCUACGCCCUCGGCCCGUUCCCCAAGUCCGUGCUGGCCAACUCUGAGAACAGUUACCACAGGGCCCUGGCGGACCGAUGUUACAUCAUGGCGUUUCCCGAAAUCCGGAAGCAGGUGUUGUCAGGCAAGGGCGUCAUGAUUAAUGGGCGUGGGUACCUGGAAUUCGCCCGCGACCAGCUGGCUACGGCCAAGGGACGCCCCAGGGCCAGGCUCGUCAAGGAAUGCUUCGCCCCAUUCAGCGUCGCCACGGCAUUCCAGAUCUACUCCCCUCUGAGGGACAGGUUCAGCGAAGUCCUGGAAGACUGCUGGAAGCGGGUAUACUCAGGAGGUGGUACCUGGAGAACAUCAGGCUUUAUCAGGAGUUCAAGCAGCGUGACCUCAAAGAAGGCCUCAUUCAGCCGGAAAACAUCGACGACGAAUACGUCCCCGCCGACGGCGUGAUUACCCUUGUUGGGCAUCGACCACCUGCAAGGGGCAUUCAUCAUCUUGGCCUUCGGGUGCUUGCUUUCGCUUUUGUCCUUCAUCGUCGAGGCCAGGUGUCCUCACAAGCCACCCGAGGAAUUAUAUAAAUAAUUCUGAAGUGCUUGGGAAAUGUCUACCCCUAUGGUUAUCGAGUUUGUUUAGGGUUCAUUAGAAGAUCUUAAAGAGUGGAGUGAGAACAAAAGACGGCGUUCGGUUCGUUCCAACAUUCUGCAGCAGCCUUUAGG